GUAGAUCGAACUGGUUAACAGUAAGAAUUAGCAUGGAUUUAUCCUACGAGAACCUCUCGACAGUGCUUAGCAUUGCUAAUGGAUCCGAGAGGAACCCAGAACAGCAACAAGCUGAAUCUCAACUUAAAGCAUGGGAAACUCAGAAAGGGUACCAUUUUCUUUUGCAAGAAAUCUAUCUUAAGGAAGAGUUACCAUUACAACUCCGUUGGCUUGCGGUAAUUUGCUUUAAGAAUGGUAUCGAGAAAUACUGGAGGUCUUCAAGAGCCAAUGCUAUUUCCAAGGAGGAAAAAACCCAGAUCAAAUCAAGACUUUUCAAUCUUGUAGGCGAGAAGAACAAUCAAUUGGCCAUUCAAAAUGGUCAUUCUAUUGCAAGAAUUGUUAGAUUUGAUUUUCCUAUGGAAUGGCCCACAUUGUUUGACGACCUUGCAAACUCUUUGGAAGAAAAUGUGUUCCGUAAAGGCGAUAUGGUUGCCACCAAUAAUUUGUUACUUAUUUUAAAUCAAGUGAUUAAAACUGUUGCUGUGGUUAGAGUUGGUCGUGCUCGCCAUGCCAUGCAAAGUAAGGCUCCUAUCAUAACACCAGUUCUCAUUAGACUGUAUUUGAAGUUAUUUCAACAAUGGACUUCUGUUUCCUUGGACCUAGGACUCAUGGAAGUUUGUUAUCUUUGUUUAAAAACGUUGAGAAGAAUUAUCACCGAAGGGUUUGAUCGUCCACAUAAAAACACUGAUGUAGUUGAAUUCAUGACUAUAUCUAUUCAACAUCUUCAAAUGUUGGUGGUGGAACAUGAGAAAUAUUCUGCUUCGGAUAUGCUUGAACGGUAUGUCAAAUGUUAUAGUAAACUUUAUGUUGGUUUGAUCAGUUCAAAUCCUACAAGUUUUGUGUUAUUCCCAUGUUCCGUAGACAUUAUUACUACAUUCAUGUCCUUAUUGGAACACAAGGCAGAACUUAUCUAUAACAGUACUGAAGAAAAUUCAUUUUGGGAAACAUUAGCAUUGAAAGGGUUUAUGAUUCUUAAAAAAAUUAUUGCAUUUAUUUAUAAAAGGGGAGCAGUUGUACUCAAAGAACGUAAUGAACGUGAAGAAGUUAAUGCUGCUAUUCAAAAAUUAACAAAUGAAGUUUUCACUACUCAAGUUGUUCAACAUUUAUGUGACUUGAUCAUUGAGUGGUAUCUUCGUCUCAAACCUUCUGAUUUAGAAAGUUGGUUAUUAGAACCAGAAGAAUGGUGUAAUGAAGAAAUUUCCACAAGUUGGGAGUAUCAAAUUAGACCAUGUGCAGAAAACUUCUUCCAGGAUUUAAUCACAUUCUUCAAAGAUUCCUUAUCUGGGUUUGUGUUAAACAAGAUUUCAAAUGGCUUAGCCAAUAAUAAUAAUUCAGUAGAUGAAAUCUUGAGUAAGGAUGCGAUUUUAUGUACCUUCCAACUUUCUGCAUCAUCUAUUGCUGACACUGUCGAUUUUGAUCAACUUUUGAAGGAUAUUUUCAUUCCAGAAGGUUUGAAAAAUGAACUAGCUGAAAAUAGAAUUGUUAAGAGAAGAGUUUGUCUCAUUAUCAGUGAAUGGGUUUCAGUAAAAUGUCUGCGUGAAAGUAGAGUGGAAAUUUUCAGACUCCUUGUUGAUUUCUUAAAUCCAGAUAACAAGAUAAAUGAUGCAGUAGUGAAAUUGACUGCUAUUCAGACUCUUAAACGCGUGAUUGAUGAUUGGGAUUUCAACAAAUAUGAUUUCCAUUCAUUUUUGAAUGAUUUUGUCAAGCUUUGUAUACAAUUUUUGGGAUCAGUGGAAUACACUGAAUCCAAAUUGUACAUUUUCAAUAUUUUAGCCACGAUGCUUCAAAGAUGUAAUCCUUUAGUCGAUCAUGCAACUUUGAUUGAUAUUCUUUCAGUGAUCCCAGAUUAUUGGAAUUCGGUUUCAUCCGAUAAUGAAUCAAUUUUAAAGAAUUCAUUGUUAAGAGUAUUGAAGAAUCUUGUUGUUUCGUUAAAUGAUAAAUCUACUGAAACCUACAGAAUUUCUAUCCCACUCAUUACAACUUGUUGCACCGGUGAUACUGAUACAUUUGCACUUUUAAGUGAAGAUGGGUAUGAGCUUUGGCACUCUGUUUUACAAUAUUGUCCAACAAAUGUAGAUCCUACAUCUCAAGAAGAAUUGGUUAAUUUGCUCCCAUUAGUUCCACAUGGACUUUUAAAUGCCACAGAAAUUCUUCCCACAAUUAUGUCCAUUAUUCGAAGCUAUGCUCUUAUAUCUCCAGAUAUCCUUUGCGGUGACAUAGGUAUGGGUAUCUUCAGAGCUUUAUCUGGGUAUUUGGCAAAUAUGAGAGAAGAUGCCUACACUGUAUUCAUUUCACUUAUGGAUAUUUUACUUUUACAAAUAUCAAAUAAUGAACAAUUUGUCAAUAAUUUGAUUGGUAGUGGACUUUUCAACGCAAUGGCACUCUUUGUACUUGAUGAAAAUCAUGAUGUUGUUUCAGGAAAUAAAAUAUUUUUACUAUUUUCUAGAAUUGCAAUGGGAUCAAGCGAGUUAUUUUUCCAAAUGGUUGAUCAUUUUGCCAUUGAUAAAAAGAAAUUGUUUGACACUUGGAUCGAUAAUCUUGACAGAAAUGGAAAUCCAAGAAAUAAGAAAUUAAACUUGAUCGGACUACUUAGCUUGUGUGCUAGAGCAAUCCCAUCGAAGGAUAAUGUCCUUCCUCUCAAAUUCGCUCAAAUAACUAAGAAAAUAUUGCUUUUCUUGGAGGAAGUUAAUGAAACUACUGAAGGUAAUUGUACCGCAUAUGAACAGGAUUUAAUAUACGAAGAUAUCGACGACUAUUGUUAUAGUGACCAAGAUAUAACCCCACAUGGUGAAAAGAAGAGAUACCAAGCAUUAAUCGAGUCCAAGGACCCGGUUUUCAAAACUAAUUUAAAAUCCUUGCUUGCACAAGUUCUUUCGGAAUUACGUAACACAUUAAAUGAUACUGAUUUCAGGCAAUUAAUCUCCAUGAAUGAUGAAUAUAGUAUUGAAAAACUUCAAACAAUGAUUUAAGAUUUUUUUUUUUUUAUAAAUGUAUAUAAAUAUAGAAGUACGUUUAGUUACUGCCUAAAUAGAACUACAAGUUUUAAUAUUAUCGU